AUGCCUGUACAUCCUGUAUCCAAAAUCCAAGUCAGCAUGCGCCAGAUCCCCAAGUGGAAGCGCAUCCCAAACACGGUCAUCCACUCCAAACCGCUGAUGAUCUACCACGGUGCCUUUGAUGCCAGUGCCGCCGAGCUCUCCGCCCACUUGAAAAUGGUCGGCGAAGUCGUGCCCCAGUGGGUAAAUACUAUGUACAGUCAAACUCAUUUCCACUCGACCACCCACGAGAUCCUUGGCGUGGUAGCGGGUGGUGCGCGGCUAUGCUUUGGGGCCGAACAAAACCCCCAGCGGUUCGAGCCAACAGUUCAUCGCGGGGAUAUAAUCAUUGUGCCCACAGGGGUCGGACAUCGACUGUUAGAUGAUUUGGUCGAAGGCGGAGAACAAUUCAAAAUGGUUGGCGCAUAUCCACCCCAUAAGGACUGGGAUAUGUGCUAUGGGCAGCCAGGCGAGGAGGAGCAGGUCCAGGGAAUCCAAAAUGUGCCGUGGUUCAGUCGAGACCCAUUAUACGGGAACAAUGGGCCCAUCCUGAAUGUCUAG